AGACCAGUAGGAAAAGAAAGCAGUUUGUGGCAGACGCAUUUACCAAAAUUGUUCCCCCCAAGAAGGCCACAAAUACCAUCCCAUUCCUAGGAAAACUCAAAAGUAACCCCUCUUUCCAUUCCCACUUGCAUUUACAACCCUCCCUCUACAAUUUCCUCAUUCAUUUCUGCAACUUCUUCAAUUCAUCACCUUCUUCAACAUUUACACAGCAAAUUAUAUAUAUAAAAAAAUGCAUGCGAAAACCGACUCAGAUGUAACGAGCAUGGCAACAAUAACCCCACCAAGGUCACCCUCCAGGAGAGCAGUUUACUACGUCGAAAGCCCUUCUUAUUCUCAACAAGACCUUGAUAAACUCUCUUAUGGAACAUUAAGUCCCACAGCUUCUCCUACUCGACACUAUCAUUGUUCUCCAAUCCACCAUUCUCGAGAAUCUUCUAAUUCUAGAUUCUUCUCUUCUUCCUCGUUGAAGCAGCAGUACGGCCGUUCUGGCGGUGGGUGGCGACGGAUUUACGGCGGACUUCGGUUGGAUUAUCCCGGCGCCGCUGGAGAGGAGAAAGAUUGUGAUGGUGACGACGAUGAUAAUAACGUGGAUGGUGACGGGCCUACUUGGAGGUUUUAUGUAGGUUGUUUUAUGGCUUCGUUUUUAGGGUUGUUUACUGUGUUUACGUUGAUUCUUUGGGGGGCUUCCAAGUCUUUUCACCCUCACGUUCUCGUCAAGAACAUGGUGUUCUUGGAUUACACUAUACAAGCCGGAAUGGACGGUACAGGAGUCCCGACUGAUAUGAUGUCCCUUAAUUCGACGGUUAGGAUUUUCUACAAAAAUCCCGCCACAUUUUUUGGAGUUCAUGUCACUUCGAGCCCUCUUGAACUACACUAUUAUCAACUCAAAGUUGCCUCUGGUCAGAUGAAGAAGUUCUACCAGAAAAGGAAGAGUCAUUCCAACGUAACCACGGUGGUGCAUGGGCGUCAGAUCCCUCUAUACGGUGGAAUGACGGUCGUAUCUAAUGCAAGGACAGAUGGGCAUCUUUCUACGAAGUAUUUGGUUAUGCAAAGUUGAGAAUGCAGUCUCUGUAAACUGAUCAACUAUGGCCUGACCCUAUCUUGGCAGAAGUUUUUGGCUUGAUUUGGUUGGGUCACUUUUGGGGUUUGUCCUGGCUCAAAUUGUUCUUUUAAACCACUGCCUGACUCGAUGUCUACUAGUUGAUCGGAGUUGAUAUGGGCCUGAUUAAUUGUCCUUGUCUUCACCUAGCCAUGUUCAACUCUACCAGUGUCACAAAGAAAAGGAACACCAAUGAUACACAUACACUACACUUGGGGUUGCUCUUACACCGUUUCCUAGUGGCCUAAUUAGUUAAUUUAGAAACUAAAUUGAAUAGUACGGAGUAGCUCAUUCAGUCCAUGUUUAUUGAACAAAACAAAGUUGAGGUGAUGCUUUUUGUGUUUGGAAGAAACAAAGGGCUUGAACUCUCAGAUUAUGAUAUCUCGUUCUUUAUCUCCUUCCAGAGCCAUGGAGACCUGCUUUUGGAGUACAAUAAUGGUAGUUUCGUAGUACAACAAACACUCACUCCAUUGCAAACUUGUGUUAGAUUAUUCAGAUUGACUAGUUACUACUUACUAGGGUGGGAGUGGGAGUGGAUAAAUCAAGUACUUUUUCUUCAAGUAAUUCUGUUGUACCUUCAAGUGGAUGAGUUCAAUUAGGUUUGAUUAAAACAGGACCUUUGAAUCUUUGAUUGCUAGGAUCAUCCCAUAGUUUCUCAGUUAGACUGUGAACUAGGAACUUUCAGCAUUUUGAACUUCCAAUUCUAUUAUUGGUGUAUUGUCUUAGUGUCUAUA